CGCUGGUUCUCUUGGAGAUAUAUAUUUUUUUUUAUCAAUAUACUGGCGAUUCUUGUCGCUGUUGCCUUUAGUUAUAGGUACUGUUAAUGUUGUUUUUAUUAGUGUGUAUGUCCUUUGUUCAUUUUGUUGCAUUCUUGUAUCAGCGUCCGUCUUGUUUUCUCUCUAUCGCUCUUUGUGGUGUUCUGCGUCGCGGUUCAGGAUGCCGCUGGGAGCCGGGGGAAGGGGCGUCUCUGUCGUCGCUGUCGUCGAUGUCGUUCGCGGAUUGGUGCCAGUCGGUAGCUUCGUCUUUGUCAUUGUCGUCGUCGUCUUUGUCGUCGUCGCUGUCACCCUCUUCUUGAGCACCAUCACCAUCGUCGUCUCUGUCGUCAUCACUGUCGCCAUUGUUUUGAGCCUCAUCGUCGCCCUCACCAUCACCUCUUUGGUUGUCGUGGGGUCGAGGCUCCUUCGGGACCGGAUGCCGUCGGAGGGCGGGGCGGCGCGGCCCAAAGAGACGGUUGUGCCUCCUAAUUGCCGGCGUGUACUUGGCGUCGUCAUUACCUCCGCGAACACUGUCCCGCCUUGUCGCUGCCACUCCGCGCCCGUACACUCGACGCCCGCGCGCCCGCAACUCACAAGGCCUGCUCUGAUAUUACUAAGAACUUCAGGUGUCUGUCCGUGCAGCUUCGUUGUAGUAAAAGAUAAUCUUGAUAAAGAUUUGAAUAUUUGACUCUAACGUCUGAUGCGAUUACAAGCGGCCAUUGGACAUAGGUGAUUGUUGUACAUCCGGAGCGGCGUGUGGCAAGUGGGAGAGAUAAGUGGAUCGUGUGUCGCCUUCAGUGCCAGCGAGAGUGGAGCUCGGGCGCGCGUUCGAGUUUAAACACUCCACCAUCCUGACUCCUCUCGCUCCGUGUGCGUAUGUGUUUUAGCCUGUGUUUUGACGUCUGGACUCGGGGUUAUUAUUCAGACUGACGGAGGGAGGGACCAGAGGAUAGUGUCCCCGCUGUGGUGCCGCUCCGACGUCGAGGGACCCCCCCCCCCACCCCGCCCCGCCAGGCCCACUCCUCCCUCCGGUCCUCCUUGCUUCGUAAAGCGUAAGGAGGAAACCGUACCAAAAGGCGGCGCUGAAACCCAGCCGAGGUGCGUCUCAAGAUGGCGUUGACGGUCUCCUCGCUCUUGCGACCGACGUACUACAAGUUCUCGCCGCCAGUCAACCAAGGUGACGUAUGACUUGAUAAAGGGAAGAGCCAAGGGGGGGUUGGGAGGAGGGGGAGGGAGAGAGGGCAUAAGAAGGGAAGAGGGGAAGAAGAGGGGAGGGGGAGGAGAAAAGGUGGGGAGGGUUAGGAAAGAAAGUGAUGAAGUAGUCAGGGUACUCCUGCCAGGGUAGUAAAUAUUGCAAGUUGUUUUUCGCAGUCAUUGUGUUCUAUUUAGGUUGCUGCAAAGUGUUAUAAGUCCGUGCAGUCGUUUUAUGCCAGCUUUCGGCAUUACGAAUCGGCAGUAGUGUAGUUGUCGUGUGCCUUUCUCAUUAGAGGCGCGUGAUGUCACCGUCAUUUGCGGCGAGCUGUGACGCUUUCAUAAUAGCGGCCUUUAUCUGCUUUUGCGCCUCUCGGUCUUUCUCUUGCUCUCCCUCUCGCCCUGCGUCUGUAUUCGUUGUCCACGGGAUUGUUUUAUCUUGCGAUAGUGAUAAUACGCGGGACUCCGUCCUGUGUUAGCAGUGUCGGCGGUGGCACCCGCUCCCACCGCGGACGUCGUCGCUGACAUUGCGCGAAUGUCGGUGCAAGAAAGAUACCAAAUGUGUAUUAGGUCGUAGGUGCCAACGCCAUCUAGUGACCUGUUACUUUCCGAAAAGAGCUUCAUCUCCAAAUGCCCAAACCCCUAUCCCUAUCGCCCCCUUCUCCCAUCUUAUAGGUCUGUCCCUUCCACAGUAAUGCCUCCUCCCGGUAUCCCCCCUCCGCUUCCCACCCCCCACACUAACCUCCCCGCCUCCCUCCCCCUCACUCCCCUCCCUCCUCACUCCCCUCCCUCCUC